AUGGCAAUCAGGCAAUACAGCGGCCCUCGCGCCUCUCGCUCUUCUCUCCAAACCAUUGCGAUUUUACCUCUAAGGAGUCCCCCUCCCAAGGCGGAGCUAUACAUCGUGGAGCUGCGCUCGGGGCUCCCCCUGGCGACGUACCGCGGGCAGAUCCCCGGAUACCCCGCCACCGCGCCCAGGGACGAGGGGCCCGACCUCGACAGCGCCUUCCCCGACGACCCCCCCGAGGCGGAGCUUCCGCCCGCGCCUGACGGGCUCGUCGGGGGAAGCGCGGAGGACUUGUGGGGGUGGCCGCCCGUUAAUGGGACGGAUGUUGGGGCGGCGCACGUGCAGGCGUACAGGCAGAUGCUGCAGCAGCAGCAGCGGCAGGUGGCUUCAGACAUAGGCGUGGCCGCCACGGCCCUCGUGCACCACUUCCAAAUCGUCUCCCACGGCUUCGCCGCCGCGCUCACGCCGCUGCAGCUCUGGCGGGUGAAGCGCCACCCCGCCGUGGCGGCCGUGCGCAGGAGCCGGAUUUUCCGCAAGCAUACAUUCGACUCGCCCGUGUUUCUCAGGUUGCCCGACUCGCUUUGGCAGACGGCGGGCGGGCAGAGCAGCGCGGGGGCGGACGUGGUGGUGGGCGUGAUAGACACGGGCAUCUGGCCCGAACACAGCUCGUUCGACGACACGGGGCUGAGCGGCACGCCAGCGACGUGGCAGGGCACGUGCGAGACAUCGGCGGAUUUCAGCUGCAACGGCAAGCUGAUCGGCGCACGCAAAAUGUACAACGGAUUCAAGAAGGAGAGCAAUGGAGGGCCCGACUUCUCGUACGACUAUGACUCGCCACGUGACUCCGACGGCCACGGCACUUG